UCUUAACAAAGGAGAAUGUAAACAACAAAGCGAAGACGGCACUUCAACUGCCACUUGAUUUUUGGUGUGUGUAUCUAUAGAAGUGUAUCUAUAGAUCUAAUUUAAUUUAAGAAGUGUUGAGACAUGUCUAGACCAUCAACAAACCAAACGAAUCCUGACAGGAGAAGAAAUAGGAAAAUCAGACGACCUGUCCACCAAGAGACCUUGGAGGAAGAAAAUGAGGAGGAUGAAAUUGAUAGACCUCGAGGCUACAAGCCUCCUGCACCAGACUUUAACACUGACCACAUGAGGGUCUUUAUGGCGUACCUAGAGGAAACAGAGGUGGACCAAAAGUUUCGAGACUUGGUAAAGCAGCUGUUUAGUCUGCAGAGACUGCCAUACAAUCCUUAUCCGGGAUUUGUCAUGCGCUUUUCUGGGUUAGAGGAGAAAUUUCUUCUCAAUCUCACUGAUGGAACAUUAAUUCAUUCCUUACUGAACACGGACUUUGACAGCUCGUAUCUGGAUGGUUUGGUGUCUGUGCGGGGCUGUAACAAUGUGUGGGGACUGAGUAAUAUCAUCAGCGCAGUGUCCCCUGCUCAUUUACAGAAGUACUCCUGGCUGGUGGCUGACCUCAGUAACUUCCCAGGACUGUCAAGAUCGAUGUCACUAUCACUAGUAGGACCAGCUGUCUUUGAAGGAACAUAUUACUCAGAGAUUCAUGUGCCACAGUUUAGACUGGAAAUGACCAUCAAUCAAACAGAUUUAACUUUGGGCAUUGAGGAAUUUGCUGAUGGGAUCAUAAGUCACAUGAAGGACCUGGAUAAAAGACACUAUGUUAUGGAUAUACAUAUUCCACACCUGGAGAAAAUGCAGUUUGUGGAUAAGUGGGAUCUUGAGAGCUUACAAAAAGAUAAGAAGGAGUUUGUCCAAGCAGUGAAUCGUGCCGUGUUAAAUCAUCUGUACCCUAUGGUGGACUGUGUGUUCAGUCUGGACCGUGCAGGAGAGAGGUCCACUGCUGGUCAAGUACAAUAUGCUGUUAACUUUCAACAUCCACUAGAGGGCGCUGAUAGUCAGGAGGGUGUCAGAUUGCCAGAAGCUGGGACACCGAUGCUAUCAAUGUAUGACGGGGUGUAUUUGGAGAAACGUCAGGCAGAGUAUUAUCUCGGUCUUUUUACACAGGACCAGAGAGAUAAAGCCGGUUACAGUGGAGUUAAAGACGCUGGGGGUUUCACAUCAACCAACGAGGUGGUGGAAGGGGUCCGAAACUACCUGAACAAGAAGAUAGCAGGGUGCCUGAUGUAUGCGGAGUUCUCUGAGGCAAUCUACUGGUCCAUCGUGCUGUUCCAGAUGGACAGAGCUUCAUAUCCUAUUGAGAUAGCUGAAGAAUUGCUCAAGUUGUGUAACUCAUCUCUCGGCAAAAUCUGUGUUUUAUGGGACCAGUGCAAAAGUCUGGUGUUGUUGACUAAAGCCCAGGAUGCGGAGGGAAAAUUCACCAAAGAAAUUGGAAGGCAGUUGGAGGAUUAUAGAAAGACAACAGCACUAAUGUUUGACACCAGUCUGAUUGAAAGGAAUCAUUCCAUGAAAUGUUUUGGUGAUAUACUGGUGUCCAGAAUCACUCAGUUUAUUUCUGGUGACUACACUGCAAUAGAGUUACACAGAGGUCUAUAUGCCAUGUACUUCUACAUCCAAGGAAUGGUGAUUCAAGUCUCGGAGAAUCUCAAAGACUGUUGCCCAGUUUUAACCGCAAAGAUAUUUAUUGUGGCUGUGGGGGAACAUCGUGAUGCCCAACCCAAACCAAUCUUUACAGUGCGACAGAGACCCGAUGCUAAUGGAGGUGUGAAACACGAAGCCGAUGUCGUCCACGGCAUGGAAGACGAGAAAAUGAAAGAUCUGGAGCAUGAACGCAUGAUUGUGGAUGUUGAAGCUAAUGGCAGUGAUUAUAACCAGCUGAUUAAAGUGGAGGGAGUUCUGAUGCAGUAUGCCAUUGAUUCACAUUUAGAUGAGACGUGGCACAGCUUUCUGACAAUCCUGCAGAAUAAGGAGUCUCUUCCGCCCAAUCCCUACCCUACACUGAUCUCACUGCUUAGAAAGCAGGCCAUGAAGAUGGAUCUUAUUUACCAACCAAAGUCUCAUAUCAUGAAGUCCUUGUUUCAAACUAGUCCAUCCUCUGAGGAAAAAAAGGGCAGACAGGAAGAUAAGCAGUCAGAUGUGUAUAUUGUGAAUGGAGUGGAUGCUCACGGUCUUUUAAGUUCUGUGUAUGUUUUGGACACUGGGGGGUUUGCACCAAUUUAUGAAGCCAUCCAACCAUUGAUUUAUGACAAGACAGCAGAAAGAAGGAAGCAAUUCACGAUAAGUGUCAGUACUGCUAUGAGUGGUCCAGGCAUACUGUAUGGAAAAACCCAGCCUUAUCUGAAGAAGGUAGACCUUCAUGAGCAUUACUAUAUCCAGGGACCAGCUGAUCAAAGAGACAAUGCCAUACAAAUAUUUGCCAGUAUGGUGGAGACCCACAUACUUGAGUUGAUAAAGAAGAACACGGUGCCUGUUUUGGGCAUGUACUUCCCCACUGAGCGCUGGUCUUGGGAAACCAUUUUGAACAGAUAUGAGAAGGGAGGCUUUUCAGCAUUUGCUUCGACGAUUUGCCGCCAUGCUCAACAGAAAAAAACAUUCUAUAUGAAGGCUUUGGUUAUGAUAGAUUGGAGAUAUGUAACAGCUGAAAAAUACUUCUUGUUGCAUUACCUCACUGACAAGUUUAUCAAACCAGAACUGUCUUACCCUGAGAGUGGAAUAACCAUCUACCAGACCGUUUUCUUUUCAAAAGCAAAUGCUCAGUUUCAUCGUCGGAAUGGACAGUUGGAGUACAGCGACAUACAACAGGAUGUGGUGACGGUGGAGGAGUGUGUGGAUCAGCUGAUCGUGAUUGGAGCACAGCAGAAUGAAUGGCUGGAGGUCCACAGGGGGCUACUGCUGAAAAAUCUACUACGAAUGGUAAGGGAUGAUGAACCUUUGGAGCUAGUGGCAGAUUUGGACGAGUUUGAAGUUUUAACUCAGGAAGAAAAACACAUUGUUGAAGCCUGGUAUGUUCUACACAGUAUGGCAGCUCAGAUGGAGUAUGUGAUUGCAUUUACAAGCACUUUGCAGGAUCUUACUCAGCUAUUUAUAGAAAUGGAAAAGUUCAAAGUGAAAAACGACAAAUAUCUGGCUACAAUUACCAAGGAAGAAAAACCACCGACUCCAAUCAAAGAGAGAAAGAAGAAGGAAAAGGAGAGAAAGAAGCAGGAAAAGUUAGUGAAAGAAAUGAGAGAGAAAGAGAAGGCAAAGAAGAUAAACCUGCUGGAGAAGCGAAAGAUGACAGUGAAUGAGGAGAAGUCAAAGGAGGGCCAUGCUGGGGAGGAAGAGCUUUGGGAGGAGGAGUUUGAGAAGAUGGACAUUUCUGACAGAACAGUGCCUAGCAAGCAGACAGGAUUUGUCCCUAUUGAAGAAUUUAAGAUUUCCAUAGAUGAGGCCAUGUUCAGCAGAAUGGUUAUGAUAUAUUGGAGGAAAUUAAUGCAGGUCCUGUCUGCCAAGAUCUUCAUGGUCUCGCCCAGUCUGAGAAAUUACCUAGAACUCCGUCUUUCUCCCUGUCUGGAGGAUGACCCCCAGUCUGGCAACUUCUACUUGUCUUACACGCAGCAGACUGUUGAGCGACUGGAAGAGAUCAAACACAUCCUGCAUUCAGUACAAGAUAUUCUAGCAUGUGAUGUCCACAUGAUUUGUCCGGAAGCACAAUCACUGAUCCAGGAACUGAAAUCUAAAUAUCCAAACUAAAGAAACAGGGGGGGGGGGGGGGGGUGUCUUUAAAAUUUGAGAUUAUCCAGUUGAUUUAAAUAUGUCUAUAACACGAUACACUGAAGUAAAUGAUGGUUUGCUAGAAAUAAGAUAAGGAACAAUCCUUUAAUUGCGUUGCAGUAGACAGUGGUUUGGACAUUCCAGUGUUUUUAUAGCGCUUUCUGUAUAACUCUUCAGAUUACUGUGGAAUGGUGAAAAUCGCAUGCCAGUCCUUUUAUGUACGCAUCUGGUACAGGAGAACAAUUGCAUUUCAGAUUUGAAUAUCUAUCAAUUUUAGAUGCUUGAUGGUGAAGUAGUAAAUGAUUAGAUUGUUUUCUUCUUUGUCAGCAUUCAUAUCUAUUUAUCACAUUGUAAUUUAAUACAUGUAAUUGACAAUAAAAUGAUUUAAUAAGACA